AAACCCUUUUGUGUACAGUGCUGUCUGUGAAUAUAUGUGAAAGCCACCACGUUGGUACAUGACGUUAACACGCACACAUUUAUAGAUUCACGACAUUCACCACACAUUUGACACGAACACAAUGAUAGGUUCACGACAUUCACCACACCUCGCAGCUUGUAGGCAAACGUCAGUUGACCGCCGAGUUUCCAGUCUUGGUAUUUUUUGUUUAUGGCUGAGACUUCAAGUGUUAAAUCAGCAGAAUAGUUCCGACAAGGUAUCAGCCCCUGAUAAGUUGGCUAGUUCAAGAGAUUCUGAAAAGACUGCACUAACCCGAGCGUCGACCUUAGAAUUGUAGGUGUAAAUAACAAUUUUCGAUUCGCUUAUGGAUGGCUUGUUGUCUAUAGUUAAUCCUUCCUGCUAGGAAAGAUGGUCAUAAAAUGUCUAUGAAAUUCCAAGUGGGUUUUUGGCUGGUGUGUGCAUAUGUUGUAUCUACAUAUGUGUUUAUGAGUAGAUAUGUAUAUUGUUCCCACCUCGGUGUAUGGUGUAUCUACAAAGAGCAAAUUUGCGCAAAUAUUUUAUUUUUUGUUGUUUUACUAUCCCACACCAAUAUGAAUUCAAUCAUAAUUAUUUCAAUGCUCUUGGCAGUUUGUUUUGCAUCAGCCGAUGCGAGAAUACGUGCAGGACUUUUCAGGCAUCCUCAACAUCCUGGAAAGUGUCAUCUUGGCGAAGGUUUAAUUAUGGAAACAGGUGAAGUCUCAAAAAAACAUGAUGGCGAGUGUAAAAUGGUAACGUGCUAUGAAAAUGGACAUGCUUCAAUUAUGCACUGUGUCAAGCAAAAAAUGCGUGAAGGUUGCACCGAAGGGCAUGUUUUGUAUCCAGAAGCAGCGUUCCCAGAUUGUUGCAAACGCGAAAUAUCAUGUAGUACAUUUUACUAUUCUCCAACUUUCUGAUAGACAUAGUUAUUGCCAAAAUGUAGAUAUUUAAGGUGUUAGUUCUUCUAAUUUAUAAGAAAAACCAUGUGACUGAUAUACAUAUAAUAAUAUUUUUAGUUUAAGAAAAAUAAAACAAAAUAAAUAAAGACAAAUUAAACAAAAUAUACUUGUAUGAAAUGUCAUUUAAACGUCUGAGAAUUAAA